AGAGCCUGCCUCCCCCAUGGCCAAGGAGAACAUCGUCAUCAGUCAUCACACACACACAAACACACUCUCUCUUCACAAGUUCCCACUGUUUCUUGUCCCUCUUGAGUUGAGUCUCUCCCGGCCGGCAUUUCCCCUCCUGCCAGAUGGCCCAGAAGGUGGUGCUGAGGAUUCCCACCAUGACCGACGACAAGAGCAAGCAGAAAGCCAUGGAGGCCGUCGCCGACAUCUACGGUAUCGACUCGAUAGCAGCGGACCUCAAGGACAACAAGAUGACCGUCAUCGGCGCCAUGGACACCGUGGCCAUCGCCAAGAGGCUGAAGAAGCUCGGCAAGAUCGACAUCGUCUCGGUCGGCCCGGCCAAGGAGGAGAAGAAGCCGGCCCCGGCGGGGGAGAAGAAGGAUGACAAAAAAGAGGAGAAGAAAGACGACAAGAAGGUCGACAAGAAGUGAAAGCAACCCAUUGCAGUGCAGAUGGAGGAAGAAGGAGAAACCCACGCAAACGGCAGCAACAACAACAAAAAGUCUUUGACAUCUGAGGCUCAGAUGAGUGCUAGAUAGCUAAUCUGCAUUAUCACUUUGCGUACUGUACUAAUAAUAGUGCACUAUAUAUAUACAGAAAUCAAGUCAAACCAGUGUAUGUAGCUUUGUGAUUGAUGAUAUCAUGGAAUGGAACCUAAUCGAUCGGCCGACUGCUAUUCCUGGACUGCAUGGUUGAUCACCUACAAACUUAGCUUUGGAGCAGCGCUUACACGCAUGCAUGAAUGCAGUUCGAGUUUUGGAUGAUCUUAAUUUUUUUGGGCAGUAUGAACCUGUGACAGAGACUGGUUAUCUGCCACCUUCUGAUGGGAAGAGGCCAAAAAAAACAGUGUCAGUGUGGCCUUUCCCCUAACUCCCAAGUAACCAAGUUCCUGCAAGCGGAAGUAUAUUAUAUUCCAUAGAGGGGGAAAAGGAGAGGGCGAGAGGCUGGC